UAAUAUAUGAAAAAUAAAGAAACAAUAUUUGAAAAACUUUUAAAAUCCAAAGUAUUUGUGAGGUUUUAAUACAACUCUGAGAUUGGAAAAUUCCAUCAGCUGGGCUAGCGACUUUACCUUGUAUAAAUUCGUGUAGCUGUCAUAAAAUCAAAACAAGUUGAUUUGUUUAUUUUUUGCCAGUGUUUAUUCAAACUCGACCUCAUGGAGAAGCCUUUCAAAUUUCUAUUACCUUCGCCAAACUUUGGUGCCAAGACCAAGGAAAGCGUUAAACCAAAACCACACUUUCUAACACCUUCAGGUAUGACUUUAUUACCACGUGAUAAACAGCCACCCCCAAUGUAUGGGAAGAGAGGUGCUACAAUACCGCCAAGAUAUUUAAAGCCUGUUGCUCCACCACCAACAAUGACACAACCUUUAAAACAGUACUGCGAGCCUUGUGAAAUGGAGCUGGGAUCCUUGGAAGAUUUCAAACAGCAUAGGGCACAACAUGAAAAAUGUCCAGUGGAUGGCUGUCAAUAUCGAGGCCAUCCAACGGUUAUGGAUAAACAUGUAUCAGCUCUCCAUGCAUCAGGAUUAUUUGAUAAAUUCAAAAAAUUAAGUACCCCAGAGGAAAUUGCCGCAUGGCGCGAGGAGAGACGCAAGAAAUAUCCUACAGUGGCGAAUGUGUUGCUUAAGCAAAAGGCUCAGGAGCAAAGGCAAAAACGUGGUGAACGUCUGGAGGCUAAUAAGAGUCGGUUUGGCAAACAAGAUGACCGGAAGAGAGCUUUGCCAAAUAAAGAAUCUAAAGAUGGCAGUGAAACGACCCAUGAUCGUUCUCAGCCAAAAAACAAGAACAAAAAUAAAAAGAAGAGAAAAAACAAUCGGGAGAAAAAUCAUGAGAAACAGAAACCAGUAGGCCCGGAUGAAAAAGAACAGAAAAGUUGUGGGGAGGAGGAGGAAAUAAGAGGUCCUAUGUUUCCUGGUACACUCGGGAUGGAAGGAUACGAGCAUUUUCAUAAAAGUCCACCAAACAUUCCUGGCAAUGCUCUUUUAGGUCUUAUUGGCGCAUACGGUUCAGACGAUAACACCGAUACUGAAGAUGAAGGCUCCCAUAAUAUUGCAGAGAAAAGUAUAUUAGAGAAAGAUGUUAACUUGAAGAGCACUACUAUAAUCGAUUCAUCGAAUGCUGAAAUGGAAAACUCAAAAAUUAAAGAAGGUUCCUUAGAUUGUUUAGAAACUAAAAUCGAAGAUAAGUUACGUGAAAAGUCGCCCCAUGAAGCUGGGCCAGAUGAGCGUACUCACACGCAGGAACAUAGUGAGCAACCGAUUGUCGCUGAAGCAAUAAAACAGACAUUAGGUGAAGACACAAAUUUGCACCAACUUUUACUGACGGAGUCUUCCAAACCAAACAAAGAAAAUUCCUCCGACGAAGGUCCAGAAGAAACAGCCAUAAUGCGAACCAUGCCUGAAUAUAAAACAGAAAAACAAAAUUCUACUCCACCUACUCCAUCUCCCGCUAAACCAAAGGAUGCAACUACAGAAAAAAAUGAAACGAACAAAAAAGCCAAACAAGCUGUAAAACGAAAAUUUGGUUUAGACUAUCGAAAGGCGAAAGUGCGCAAACAAAAUACCAUGUUGGAAAAAUUGCUGGAGACUGAUAUCAGACAUGAGCGCAAUGUUCUCUUACAAUGUGUACGAUAUGUAUGCGAAAAUAACUUCUUUGGUGUAAGUCAAACACAAACUCCUCCAAACCCUUAGCAGCCAUUCAAUUUGAAAUGUUAAUAAUAAAAUGAUUUUUUCGAAAUAAAUUAUAAAAACUGUUUAA